AUGGCCAAGGAUAUUCAGGGGGUGCGAAAAGUUGGAUUCGGCUGUGGAAACCUCAAAAAAACACUCGCACAAAAAAAAAGAAAUCGAUACAAUACAACCCUAGCUCUCUCUCGCGAUGCAAACCCAGCGCCGUCCUCCACCGGCGACGAGAUUGAACCUCAGCGCCGUCCUUUAAUCAACUCACCACCACCGCCUUAUCUCAGCAGUCGUUCUCUCUCUCUCACUCGCGCAGUCGUCCUCUCUCUCUCACUCGCGCAGUCGUCCUCUACCCUCACGAACCCUAACUCCAAAUCGAAGGUUGUCUUUCAUUCUCCAGCCUCUACUCUCACGAAUCGAAGGUUGUCCUCCUUUCUCCGGCCUCUACUCUCACGAAUUGAAGCUUGUCUUUCUCUUUCACAUCGAUUCAGGUUUGAGAGAGUGGUUACAUUUUAUUUCUCAGAGUUAGUAAUAUCCAUUACGAUGCCAAUGUGGAUGGAUGGCGGGAUCUUGAUUGGAGUAGCAAGGCCAUACAUAUUGCUGCUAGAAACCAAACAAAGUGGUCACAUUAAGUUGCUAAGUAGUCUUUGUUUACCCUUCAGAAAUGGUAGAAAAAUAGGUUGAGAUUGUAA